CAUCCCAAAGGAAUAGGGAGCUUCUUCUGAUCAGAGCUUUUAAAAACAGGGGAAAGAGGAAUUUCAUUUUACUCUUCAAACAGAGGAAGCAAAGCAAAGUAAAGCUACAGAGAAGCUAGCGAUGGGGUUUUCGAGGCUUAUUUAUCUUUUCAUUGUUCCUUUAUUGCUUUUCUCCAUGUUGCAGAAACCCACUUUUGCUAUUGAAAAGUCUUUUGUAGUAUACUUGGGAGCCCAUUCUCAUGGUCAGAAGAAUAUCUCUCCAAGCCGUUUUGAAUUAGUUACAAAUUCUCAUUACAAGUUUCUCGGAUCUUUCUUGGGAAGUACCCAGAAGGCCAAAGAUGCAAUUUUUUACUCAUAUACAAAUCAUAUCAAUGGUUUUGCUGCAACCCUUGAAGAAGAAGUUGCAAAGAAGAUCGCAAAGCAUUCCAGUGUUGUUUCAGUCUUUCCAAACAGAGGAAGACAAUUGCAUACGACAAGGUCAUGGGAUUUUCUUGGAUUAGAGAAAAAUGGUGUAGUUAAAUCUGGAUCGAUCUGGGAAAAGGCCAGAUUUGGGGAAGAUACAAUUAUUGCGAACCUUGACACUGGUGUAUGGCCGGAAUCAAAAAGCUUUAACGAUUAUGGGUAUGGACCGAUUCCAUCAAAGUGGAAAGGUGCCUGCGUGGACAUGAGCACUAGCCCAGUUCGUUGUAACAGGAAGUUAAUUGGCGCAAAAUACUUCAAUAAAGGCUACGCAGCGGUCGUGGGCCCAUUAGACUCAUCCAACGCCACCGCGCGCGACAGUGAUGGCCAUGGAACCCACACCCUAUCGACGGCGGGAGGCGACUUCGUCUCAGGUGCCAACGUCUUUGGAUACGGCAAUGGCACGGCCAAGGGAGGAUCGCCCAAGGCCCGAGUGGCGGCUUAUAAGGUGUGCUGGCCACCCGUCAAUGGCAACGAAUGCUUAGAUGCUGAUAUCAUUGCGGCCUUCGACGCCGCCAUCCAAGAUGGUGUUGACGUGAUCUCCGUGUCCUUGGGCGGCGACCCCUCCGAUUAUUUCACCGAUGGCAUCGCUAUCGGCUCAUUCCAUGCUGUCAAGCAGGGGAUCGUCGUUGUAACCUCGGCGGGCAACUCCGGCCCGACCGACGGCUCUGUCUCCAACGUUGCUCCCUGGUUGAUCACUGUCGGCGCCAGUACCAUGGACCGCGAGUUCCCGGCCUACGUGGACCUGGGCAACGGCACGAAGUUGAUCGGUCAGAGCCUCUCCCCCGAUUCUCUUCCAACCGGAAAGAUGUAUCCUCUGGUGAGCGCCGCCGACGCGAGAGCGUCAAACACUUCGGCCGAAAUUGCCCUGCUAUGCGAGUCCGGUACGCUGGACCCGAACAAGGUGAAGGGGAAGAUAUUAGUGUGCGUGCGGGGUGUAAACGCGAGGGUGGACAAGGGAGAGCAGGCGCUCUUGGCAGGGGCUGUGGGGAUGAUUUUGGCCAACGAUGAGGCAAGCGGUAAUGAAGUGAUCGCUGAUGCUCACCUGCUGCCCGCAUCCCAUCUAACGUACAGCGACAGUCUUACGGUGUUUGCCUACAUAAACUCAACGGGAUCACCCACGGCUUACAUCACCCGCCCCACUACGCUGCUGGGCACGAAGCCGGCACCUUUUAUGGCUUCUUUCUCCUCAAUAGGUCCUAAUACCGUGACGCCUGAGAUUCUCAAGCCCGACAUCACCGCACCAGGGGUGAGCGUCAUCGCCGCCUACACCAACGCAUCUGGGCCCAGUGGUAUGCCAUACGACAAUCGACGGGUUGCCUUCAACUCCGAAUCAGGAACCUCAAUGUCCUGCCCUCACGUUUCUGGUAUUUCCGGCCUCCUCAAGACACUCUACCCCAGUUGGAGUCCCGCCGCCAUCAAAUCUGCCAUCAUGACCACCGCUAGAACAAGGGACAAUAAUAUGGAACCAAUACUGAACGCAUCGUUCGUGAAGGCAACACCAUUCAGUUAUGGAGCCGGACACGUCUUUCCUAACCGUGCCGCAGACCCUGGCUUGGUCUAUGACUUAACCACCAAUGAUUACUUAAACUUCCUUUGUGCUAUUGGCUACAAUGACACCCGAAUCAGUCUCUUCUCCGACUCGCCAGUCCCUUACAAAUGCCCCAAGUCCGCCAAUCUCUUGGACUUCAACUACCCUUCCAUCACUGUCCCCAGCCUCUCCGGCACCGCCACUAUUACUCGGACCUUGAAGAAUGUAGGCACUCCAGCUACAUACAAAGCCUAUGUUCAUGCACCUUCAGGAAUUUCAGUUACAGUCGAGCCAUCGAACUUGACAUUCAACUCUAUCAACGAUGAGAAAUCUUUCAAAGUCACACUUAGCUCCAAUGGUGCCGCUAAAGACUACGUGUUUGGUCAGCUUUUAUGGUCAGAUGGUACACACUACGUGAGAAGUCCCAUUGUGGUUAAGGUUGCAGCAUAAGCAUGGAGCAUUGAAAGAG